GUGUUUUGGUUUCGCAAUUUUGGGGAAAUCUUGCGGCAAAUCUACCGGCAUCACUUGUCCUUCUUGGAUUUGGUAAAUGUUCAGUGUCACCUUUGGCGCACUAGUGAAACGUAUAUUCUCCGUGCCACGGAUAGUGAAAAUGAGCGACAUAGAACGCAUUUUGGCCAACAAUAAGGCGGCGGAGGAGCUACUCGCCGCGCUGAAGCAGGAGCUGAAAACAAUCCGCAACGAACAAGUGCAGCAAAAAAUUGUACAAUUGCAGGCGGAAAAUGAAACACUGCGCAAACAGGUCGACUCGUGCCUGAAGAAGCUGGUUUCGCUUGAGGUAGCUCACGGAAAGGUACAAAUUCCUGUGCCAACACCGGACGAAGUCCGUGCCGGAGGUCCCGCGACGGUAAAGAUUGAACCCGUUGCCCCGCAACCAGUGGCACCGGUCGCUAAGACAGAGUCAGCCCAGCCAGCGAAGGCUCAACAAAACGAAAACAAACCACCGAAGGAGAAGAAGCCGAAAAAAGAAAAGCCAGCGGGAGAGGCGAAACCGGCCGCACCGUCCGAGGAACCUCCGAUCGACGUGGGUCGGUUGGAUAUGCGUAUCGGGCGCAUUGUGGAGGUUUCGCGCCAUCCGGAUGCGGACAGUUUGUAUGUGGAGAAGGUUGACUGCGGUGAGCCGAAUCCUAGAACCGUCAUCUCCGGGCUGGUGAAGUUCGUUCCGAUCGAACAGAUGCAGAACCGAUUGGUGGUGGCACUGUGUAACCUGAAGCCCGCCAAAAUGCGCGGCAUCCUUUCGGAAGCGAUGCUCAUGUGUGCCUCGACGCCGGAUAAGGUGGAAAUACUGGCACCACCGGAAGGUUCCGUUCCGGGAGAUCUUGUGCACGUCGAGGGAUACCCGCGCGUACCGGAUGCCGUUAUGAAUCCGAAGAAGAAAAUUUUCGAAACCGUUGCUCCAGACCUGAAAACGAACGGAGAACUGGUGGCGUGCUACAAGGAUGGAACCUUUGUCGUGCCCGGAAAGGGAGUGGUUAAGGCACAGACGCUGAAAAACGUGCAGGUCAAGUGAUCAUCGUCUGUUCCGCUCAACAUGUUGGUCAAUACUCUGCUAUUGUUUUGCAUUAACAAAUAAAUAAUUUUGACCGUUUCUUAUGAAGAAGAAUAGCAGGGCUUAGGAUUCUUACAUUUUCUCAAGAUAACAGUCGGAUUAACAAAAAAUAAAACACCCAUAAAACACUUUUUUUUCUUUUUUACUAAACGU